ACCAGCUCUCCAAAGGCUUGAACACGGCAGCCCACAGUGGGGUCGCAGAGGAGGGAGGCAGUACAGCUCGGUUAGCAGAGGGAGCCUGGGAGGAAGGAGCGCGAGAGAGCAGGGCUGACAAGGGAAGUACCCAGGCCAGGAGGGGGUCGGGGUGAGGCCCAGGGUCUUGCACUUCAGAGGGAAGUAGGGGUGGAAGGAGGGACGUUUGGACAGAGAUCUGGUGGACCGGAGUGCCAGAGAGAGACUCCGCAAAAAGGAGAAAGGGGCGCGAGGCGGGGACUGGGCCGAGGGGCGGGGCCGGGACUUGCAGCCUGGAAGGCGGAGAGGGCGAUAGGCGCGAGACUGAGGAAAUCCGCGCUGGGAGGCCCGGAGCAGGGGACCGUGCUGCUGAGGCGCCAAGGACCGAGGCAGCACGCUGAGCCCAAGAUGAGGGCGUCGGUGGUGCUGACCUGCUACUGCUGGUUGCUGGUGCGGGUGAGCAGCAUCCAUCCAGAAUGUCGCUUUCAUCUAGAAAUACAAGAAGAAGAGACAAAAUGUGCAGAGCUGCUAAGCAGCCAAACGGAGAAUCAGAGAGCCUGCAGCGGUGUCUGGGACAACAUCACAUGCUGGCGCCCGGCAGACGUUGGGGAAACUGUCACAGUGCCCUGCCCCAAAGUAUUCAGCAAUUUCUACAGCAGACCAGGAAACAUAAGCAAAAACUGCACUAGCGAUGGAUGGUCAGAGACAUUUCCAGAUUUCAUAGAUGCGUGUGGCUACAACGACCCCGAGGAUGAGAGUAAGAUCUCGUUUUAUAUUUUGGUGAAGGCCAUUUAUACCUUGGGCUACAGUGUUUCUCUGAUGUCUCUUACAACAGGAAGCAUAAUUAUCUGCCUCUUCAGGAAGCUGCACUGCACAAGGAACUACAUCCACCUAAACCUCUUCCUCUCCUUCAUGCUGAGAGCCAUCUCUGUGCUGGUCAAGGACAGCGUGCUCUACUCCAGCUCAGGUCUACUGCGCUGCCACGACCAGCCAGCCUCCUGGGUUGGCUGCAAGCUCAGCCUGGUAUUCUUCCAGUACUGUAUCAUGGCAAACUUCUACUGGCUUCUGGUGGAGGGUCUCUACCUGCACACCCUCCUGGUAGCCAUCCUUCCUCCCAGCAGGUGCUUCCUGGCCUACCUUCUGAUCGGAUGGGGCAUCCCCAGUGUGUGUAUAGGUGCAUGGACAGCAACUCGCCUCUCUUUAGAAGACACAGGUUGCUGGGACACAAACGACCACAGCAUCCCCUGGUGGGUCAUUCGGAUGCCCAUUCUAAUUUCUAUUGUAGUCAACUUUGCCCUCUUCAUCAGCAUUGUAAGGAUCUUACUUCAGAAACUAACUUCUCCAGAUGUUGGUGGCAAUGACCAGUCACAGUACAAGAGGCUUGCCAAGUCCACACUGCUGCUAAUCCCCCUGUUUGGCGUCCACUACAUGGUGUUUGCUGCCUUCCCUAUUGGCAUCUCAUCCACAUACCAGAUCCUGUUUGAGUUAUGUGUUGGUUCCUUCCAGGGCCUGGUGGUAGCAGUUCUAUACUGCUUCCUGAACAGUGAGGCCAAGAUCCAGGCUCUGUUUCAAGUCCUCAUUCUCCUGCUUCAGCCUCCAGAGUAUCUGGGAUCAGAGAUUUAAAGACACAGCACUAUAACUCCUCGCUCCCCCAACUCCUGCUGCUGAUGCGCUGGCUUUUACAUUGCAAUACAGAUACUCCUUCCACUUGGGUGAUACCAGAGAAAGUGUUCUUGAAUCUACCAGCACUGAAGGUUCAUCGAGGUCCAGUGUAUGUGAGUUGAUAGAUGUGGAUUCUGAACUCUAGUACCUGACGCCUGUGAGGGCCGCUCACCCUAGUGCCUCCAGUUCAUUAUCCCUGGACCCUCACCUCCUGCACCUGCCUCUUCCCUCUCUCCAGGGCUCUGCUUUGUCAGGGAGAUGCGUUGGGAGAUUGAAAACCCUCCAAGAAGUGAGGGAAAGCAGCAGAAAUGGGCAGGGUUGGAGGGCAGCGGGUGAGACUGAGUGGUUAGAGGUGAGGGGCCAUGUGGGGUUAUGGGAAAGAUGCAAUAGUGAGUGACCCAGAGGGCUAAGUGGGAUUGCCAGCAGAGCCCAGUAACACAGAACCCAAAGUCCAGGUAGUCAUUGAUGUGUUAAUUAAUAUCAAACAAUAUUAAUCUAUAUUUAUUUUGAGUGGAUAAACCAAACAGCAGACCAGGCCAAGAGAGGUUUACGUGGGAGAGGUUUAUUGUGCAGUAGAGGGACAGCGAAACGGGUAGAAGGGCAGAGAAGAGGAAAAAGAGAGAAAGAGGGGGAGAGAAGAAAGAGAAGAAAGAGAGAGAGAGGAGGGGGUGAUCUCCUAAGUUAUACAAAAAAUGAGGUCACACCAGUGAGGGUGGGAACUGAGCCAAGUGGGUUGUGGGAUUGAGGGUCAUUGGCCUGGUCACAUAGUUAAACCGGGGCAUGGAGUGUCCUGGUACUAGCAGUCAUGGGAUUAAGGAUCUGUCUUAGUUAGGGUUUUACUGCUGUGAAGAGACGCCGUGACCAAGGCAACUCUUAUAAGGACAACAUUUAAUUGGGGUUGGCUUUCAGGUUCAGAAGUUCAGCCCAUUAUCAUCAAAGUGGGAACAUGGCAGCAUUCAGGUAGGCAUGGUGCAGGAGGAGCUAAGAGUUCUACAUCUUCAUCUGAAGGCUGAUAGCAGAACACUCACUUCCAGGCAGCUAGAAUGAGGGUCUUAAAGCCCAUGCCCACAGUGACACACUUACUCCAACAAGGCCACACCUACUCCAACAGGGCCACACCUUCUAAAAGUGCCACUCCCUGGUUGCCAAGCAUAUUCAAACCAUGACAGGGCAAAGUGGGGCAAACUCAGUCCCAAAACAUAAGCAGGACCUCUACAGAGCAGCACCAAGCACAGGGUGAGCGGUGGCAGGUGCCAGGAGUUCAAUCCCAAACCAGCCCUGGCUUCUCAGAGGCCCCAUCCAGGUUCAGAAUGAGACCCUUGUGGCUGGCAGUCCCCGCUCUCCCUGGGGUCAGUCACACCUGAAUGUGGAAGCAGCUCCAUUGCUGGGAGCCACAGUGGUCAGAGCAGCAUGUAUAGGACAGUACCACGGCUAGGUCAGGUCAUUGGAGUCAAUGACCAUCAUCAGGAAUGACAGACUCCACAAGACUCUGGGUCCAGUGAACCAAGCUCUGCUCCGGUGACAGCAGUUCCCUGACCUCCCUGCAGGGUCUCACUCCGAUAACCACUGUACAGGGGCCAACGUGACUUAUGUUCCAGAGCAGAUGAGAGACCUUCACCCAGCAUCCUGCAAAUGUACCCUACACUCGGUCACCACCAGGACCUGCCUGGUAGCUCCAGAGCCACUGUGUGUGCUAGAAUAGACUCCUUGAUAACCUUUUUACCAAAAACUUGAAAGGGCAGGAUGCAAACUCCAAAAAGUAAAAGUAAAUUAAAGCUAGGUGCUCUGGUAGCCUACAAUAAUGACAGUAACCGUAAGUUCAAGCUAUGCACAGCAUGAUGAAAAACAUUUGGUGGUUUUAAUAUAGUGAAUUAUCAUAAUAUAGAAUAAUAUCCUCUGUAUCCUGCAACAUAUUAAUUCCCAAGUUUAUUCACUCUAAUUUCUUUUUUUUCCUUUUAAUUGGGAGAACAAUUCGUUAUAAUGAACCAGAAAUACAAGAUUCCACUGAAACUGAGCCACUGACAAAAUACAGUUGGACUUAAAUCUCAAGAGGGUCAAGUACAACCAGUUAAGUGGAUUAGACCAGGAUUGGUUCUGGAUAAACACAGGUAACUGCAUUUCCACAUUAACAGCACAUGACUUCUUCCCAGCAGUUUGUAAGCAGUCUCCCAUCCUGUCUCUUCUGCCAGUCUGCCACACCAAAUGACUGCUGCUUCUAUUCUUGAGGGCACAAGCCUUUGGACAUGACACAAAGCCAAGAGGAAAGCUGAAAAAUCUUAUUUUAACGUAUAACUUGUACAUACCAUAUUCCGUAUGUCAGCUACCAUUUAUGUGGUGUCCAUAGGCAGCACUAACUUUGAUCAAAUCAAAGUUGCUACCAUGUGUAACCAUUCGAUGGCCCAUUCACUAUAUUAAAACCACCAAAUGUUUUUCAUCAUGCUGUGCAUAGCUUGAACUUACGGUUACUACCUUCACCAUCCACAUAGCAAACACACCUCUGGCUCUAGCUAUUAUUAACAAGUAGCUUUUAAGAAAGAUGUAGAACUCUAUCCCAGAGACCACCCACUAGUGAGAAAACUAGGUCCUUCUGGGAUCAUAAAAUUAUACAUAGGAAUUAUUUUUAAAAUGUCAGAGUAUAUGACAUGUAAGGCAGAGGAUAGAAACUUGUUCUGUUCACAAGCCAAUGCAUUCCCAUUCAAACAGAAGUCUGGGUAAACAACAAAACAAACUCCUAAUUCAGGAGAAAGUGGGGUUUCAUAUAACACUAUCAAAAAGUAGAUGGAACUGACUAAAUGCACCAGUUGGUUGCAGGUAAGUCCACAGCCUACUGUGACAGGUCCUUACAGCGUCAAUCGGUGUCUUCUCUUGUUUUCUCAAGGCUGUUUUAUAGAAGUGGUGACUUUAACUAGAGUCUAACAGGCAGGCAGGCAGGCGAUCAGGCGUCAGUCACUGGUUUCAGUCUCUGUCUAUGCCAUGUAGACAUCAGAUUUCUACAUGUAUGCAUCCAAUUGGUUGUCCCGCUGUUUCUUGUAAGGGCUCCUCUCCUCCUCUAUGACCGCAGGCUCUACCUCCAAAGCCCCCAUUUCUCUAACCUAUCACACCAGAGCUCUUCCACCAAUUCUGAUAUGACCCAUACCUCCAAGCCCUAGGUUCCCCUCUCCCAGGACCCACACAACCUUGAACACUGUCUUAACUUGAACCUGGUCUUAAGCCCAUUCAGAGAGCUACAGCUCCUCCACUCUUGAAGUGGCAGCCGGCUCUAAGGAGUGUUUAGGCCUCUGCCUCCAAUUGCUCCCCUGUCCAGGGCACCUAUGGGUUGACCUAAAUGUGCCUGGAUGUUACUCUUGCCCAGGCUUUAAGCUCUUCUUUCUGCUUAAGUUUUAAUGCUGCCUGCACAGAGGGUCUAUUCUCCAACUUCUGGGCCAAUCUUGUGUUUCUGGCACUGGCUAGCUGCUGCUGCUGCUGCUGCUGCUGCUGCUGCUGCUGCUGCUGCUGCUGCUGCUGCUGCUGCUGCGUCAAAACCCAUUUAUUACUGGCAUUAGCUGUUGCUGCUACAUCAAAGCUCGUUGUUUAUUACUGGCAUUGCCUGUAUGUUCUUCAGCAUUUCAGUAAAGCACUCAUUUAGAGGCGUUUUGGUGGUGCUUUUUAGCACAACUUUCACCGCUGUCUAUGCAGCCACUUUCAAAUCCAGGGAUUUAAGGAGCUUCCAGCAAUCCUGGGGCUUCUUCUGCCCACCAAUUCAGCUGUGGUCAGGAUAGCACUGGCCAAACCUGGGCUGACAGACUAUUGCUCAGAUUAACUACUAUAUGGUUGGGUUUCAUGCUUAAAGAUAGGAUACAAAGGUUUCCUCAUUGUGGAUUGGGUACCUAGCUGGUGAUUCUACCGCUUGUCAGGCCUGCCCUUCCUGACUUUUGCCUGUGCCACCUCAGCUGGCUCCACCAAAACACCAACAAAAAUAGUUAUAAAAUAAAAAUAAAUGAAUAAAUAAAUAAUCUAUUUACUCUAAUUUCUAAAAAUAAAACUUUGAAGUGUACAUUGCACUUAACCCAGUAAUUUUAUUUCUGGAACUCUUUCCUAAUUUAAUACUCCAAGUUAAACAUAGUCAUAGCAAUGAUAUAUUUUUUAAAAAACUAAAAAUAAUCUAAUGUUCCAUCAUUUAAAAAUGGAUAAAUAGUUAUUAAGAAUAUAGAAUAAAGACUCUGGCUUUGCAGCCCACUUGGAGAAGGUGAUUCCAAGGACUACGGUCUCAGUACUAUGGGAAGCACUGUCCAUACACAGAAGCACCAGCUCGCUAUACUGUGUCACCUGGGAGCAUCCAGUAGCAUGGAAACUGCUUGCCCAGCCUGAAGCCUGAGACUUCCACCACUGCAUUCUUCAUAGUAAUUAACUCUGUCAAGCAAACCAUGAGUAAUGCAGCACAAAUUACAUGAUCUAGUUACUCACCUAGCAAUGAUAUUAUGUAACACAAUGAAGGACAGCCACUUUGGAUCAGAUAAACUGCAGAAGGGGAGAGCAUGGCUUAUUCCACACGCAGCAUUGUAAUCUUUGUGCGAGUAGACCAUACGGCUAACCAGCAUGGCGUCUCUUUGCAGUACAGACACCAUCCUGCCAUUGGCAUCUUUCCCUUUUCAGAGAGAUAAAGAGCCAGUUCCCCAAGUGUGUGUGCACAGAACUUCAGUACACAUGAUUGGCGUUAAGGUCUGUCUUACCACUCACUUUCUUCGUUGUAACACAUGGGCUUCCUAUAAGCAUCAAGGACGCUACACAAUCAGGGAACAAUGGUUAGGAAGAGGUGUGCUCUUUAUCUACCUCUGAAAAUAAAUAUCUACACUUUUUAUUUAGGUCUUUCUGAACUUGCAUUUUAACUAAGACCGAACAGUUGCUUUGGCCAUCUUGUGUACCAAGAACUUGUGCAAUGAGUCCUUGCCCCUGGUUCAGAAUGGAUUCAGAGUGAGGCUGUGUUUAGAGAGACCUUACAGAAAUCACUGAGUCACAAUGACCUCAUUAGGGUCCAGCAUCAUUGCUGUGCAUAUGGACACUGGUUUUCCCUGCACCAAGCUGAAGAGGCUGUUCUUUCUCAUUGGAUGGUCUUGGAUGUCUGAGGAGCACCUGACCACUGACCAUGUAUGUGUGCAGUGUUUGGGUCUGGCCCUGGUCCUUGUGUCUAUCCGUAUGUCAAAAUUUCACUGUUGAUGACUGAUUCCUGUGAUAGGUUUGAAGUUCAGCUUCCUUCUUUCUCAGUUGCUCUGCCUCAUUAGGGUCCCUUAGUAUUCCACAGGAAUUUUUAGAAUGAAUUUGAAAGUCCGAUAUUAAGAUCUUCAGUCAGUAUUGCCUGCGUCUUCCAUUCUGUGAAGAUCCUCUCUCCGUACUUUAUGGUAUCCUACUGUGUCAUAAAUUUUUAUCUUUUAUAUACUGGACAUUAAUGAAUUGAUAUUUUGUUUCUGUAUAUUUUUCUGACUUAAAGUCAACCAUGUCUCAUUCACAUAUUGUCCUAGGCUUCUUAUUUGUAUACAGCAUCUUUUGUAUCCUUUUUCUCUUGGUCCCAUUUGUGUCUUUAAACC